UCAAUUGAGGGAGUCAUUCCAAGUCAUAGUGUUGAAGUCUGUGGAGCCCUUGCUUUUAAGGAGGGAGAAGAGAGCACAGAUGUAAAGAUCAACAUGUCUUUUAUUUUUGUUUGUUGGCUGGCUUUCCUUGGUGGCUGCGCUGGAUGUCAGCAUCACCUAUGCCAUUGCUUGGACAAGAUAUUCAUUUGUCAGGAGAGCAAGGUGAUCCAUGUCCCUAGGGACAUUCCUAGGAACUCUACUGAACUGAGAUUUGUCCUCACCAAGGUGAGAGUCAUUCCAAAAGGAGCUUUCACAGGACUGGCCGAUCUAGAGAAAAUAGAGAUCUCACAGAAUGAUGUCUUAGAAGUUGUUGAAGCAAGUGUGUUUUCCAACCUCCCUAAGCUACAUGAGAUAAGAAUUGAGAAAGCGAAUAACCUUGUGUACAUUGACCGAGAUGCCUUCCAGAAUCUUCCUAACCUCAAAUAUCUGUUAAUAUUGAACACUGGUAUUAAGUUUUUGCCUGCUGUCCAUAAAGUACAAUCUUUCCAGAAAGUUUUACUUGAUAUUCAAGAUAAUAUAAAUAUUCAUAAAAUUGAAAGUAAUUCCUUCAUGGGAUUGAGUUCUGAAAGUGUCAUUAUAUGGUUAAAUAAAAAUGGAAUUCGGGAAAUCCAGAACCAUGCAUUCAAUGGAACCUACUUGGAUGAACUAAAUCUUAGUGAUAAUCAAAAUCUGGAGAAAUUACCAAACGAGGUUUUUCAAGGAGCCAUUGGGCCAGUUGUUUUGGAUAUUUCAAGGACAAGAAUCAGUUUCCUGCCCAGCCAUGGAUUAGAAAAUAUAAAGAAGCUAAGAGCAAGGUCUACAUACAAUUUAAAAAAGCUCCCUGCCUUGGAGAAGUUUGUUGCAUUGAUUGAGGCAAAUCUCACCUAUCCUAGCCAUUGCUGUGCAUUUGCAAAUUGGAAAAGACAAACUUCUGAAUUGCAUCCAAUAUGUAAUAUAUCUGUUGCCAAGCAGGACCUUGAUGAGCAGCCUGUGGACAGGAUACAUAGAAGAUCUACAGCUGAAGAUUACAUUUCCAACUAUGCCAUAGAUUUUGACCUGCUAGAAAAUGAGUUUGACUUUGACUAUGGUUUAUGUAAUGAAGUAGUUCAUGUGGCAUGCUCUCCUAAGCCGGAUGCCUUCAAUCCAUGUGAAGAUAUUAUGGGAUACAAUAUUCUCAGGGUCCUGAUAUGGUUUAUCAACAUUCUAGCUAUCACUGGGAAUGCUGUUGUACUGGUUAUUUUAAUAAGCAGUCAAUAUAAACUUACCGUCCCUCGAUUUCUAAUGUGCAAUCUUGCAUUUGCAGACCUAUGUAUAGGCAUCUAUCUGCUGCUGAUUGCAUCUGUGGACAUAAAGACCAAAAGCCAAUAUUACAAUUAUGCCAUAGAGUGGCAAACGGGUGCAGGAUGCAAUGCUGCAGGGUUUUUCACGGUGUUUGCGAGUGAACUUUCUGUGUACACGCUGACUGCGAUUACCCUGGAAAGAUGGCACACAAUUACCUACGCCAUGCAACUGGAUCGUAAGGUUCGUUUUCGACACGCUGCGGUGAUUAUGAUUUUUGGAUGGUUGUUUGCUUUCACUGUAGCCCUUCUUCCCAUAUUUGGAGUCAGCAGUUAUAUGAAAGUCAGCAUCUGCCUGCCAAUGGAUAUAGACAUGCCCUUUUCUCAGGCAUAUGUCAUAUUCCUCCUAGUGCUGAAUGUCCUUGCAUUUGUGAUCAUUUGUGCCUGCUAUAUUCGCAUAUACUUCACAGUGAGAAACCGCAAUGUCAUCUCUUCAAACAGUGACACAAAAAUUGCCAAGCGUAUGGCCAUCCUGAUCUUCACUGAUUUUUUGUGUAUGGCACCAAUAUCUUUUUUUGCCAUUUCAGCUUCCCUCAAGGUUCCUCUCAUCACAGUGUCAAAAUCCAAGAUCCUUCUGGUUUUGUUCUAUCCUAUAAAUUCAUGUGCCAACCCUUUCCUCUAUGCAAUUUUCACAAAAACUUUCCGCAGAGACUUCUUCAUUUUACUGAGCAAGUUUGGCUGCUGUGAAAUGCAAGCCCAGAUUUACAGAACAGAGACUUCCUCAUCCAUCCAUAACUCCCACAUGAGAAAUGGCCAUUUUACCCCAGCUUCUAAAACUAGUGAUGGAACCAUCUAUUCACUGGUUCCUCUGAGCCAAUUGAACUGAAAUAAUUGAAUGGAUCUGGUUUUGUGGCAGCAUGGUGAUCAUUUCAACUGUGAAUUUGUGCAAUGGCUUUAACAUAACACGCAAACUUAUGUUUGUAUGAGCAAAUGAAGUCUUUUUUAUUGUCUGCUGUAUAUUUUAUUUUCAUGAACUGCCAUUGUAGAUGGGACAGCAGCACCAGUCCUUGAAGGAUAAAGAAUGAAACUUCAUAUCACACUGUGUCCUUGCAGAAUUAUCUCAAGAAUUCCACAUGCAGUAGUAACUUCCCCUGUCCCCGCAGACGGAGAUAUUUACUUUGUUUCCUGAAGCUGUGCCAGGCCACUUACUGCACUGCGGUUGAACAAUAAGUGUUAGCUCUAAAUGGUUGGGGGGAAAAAACAAACAAACAAAAGAAAAAAUGUUUUAUUGUAAAACAGAGAAGAAUUUAAGGUCACAAUAAAUUUGAAGAAUGAGUAAUUAGCUUUCUUUCAUUAGAGCUAACUACAUCUUUAAGCUGACAAUUUAGAAGGCCAAAAUACAGCUCUGAUACCAGCACUGCCCUUUAGCCCUUUGGAAAAUAUUUCCAAAGCCCAGAAUAUUUCCAUUUCUGCUCACGAAAGUGGAAGGCUAAGGACAUAGCUUAGGCUAAACCUAAGGCAGGAAGUGUCUUAGUCUAAACAAGUGCCUAUUAAUGAAGUCUUUUGACUCGGUGAUCUGUAUAUAGUUACAACAAUUGUUCUUGUGUCAUAACAUUGGCUUAAGCUUGUGAUCUUGUUAUUCUGAGCCAGUAAAUUUUGACAAGUGAUGGGAUUCUUUCAUCUUAUCCUUAACCUUACAAGUCCCAGUGUGGUAAUUUUAGCAACCGCAGUGGAACGUGGAAGGAGCAAUAAAGGUUACUGGAGGGAAGAUAUUGGAGGAAUACUAGCAAGCCAGGCUGCACACCUUGUGGUUUGAAUGCUUGCUGCAGUUCUAGCAUUUUUUUAAAAUAGUUCUCUUAGUAAAGAGUCAAGUUAGUUUUAUAAACUCAAAGGCUUUCUGUGCUUAUGCCCCACCCACACUAUAUGUAAUAUGGUGAGUGACACUGAGCAGUCUAAUGAGGGAGAGAGUGAACAACAAGGAAGAAAGAAGCAUCUAGAGGCAGAGCAAACAGACAUCAUGGAGGGACUCAGGAAAUGCUGAAUUUCCAGACAAAAAGCUUGCACAAGCAAGAAUUCAAUCUAUACAAAGAACUGACCAGGGAUAAUAAAGAUAAAAACUGAAAGUAAACUUUUUUUAUUAUUUCUUUGGGAAUAAAAAGACAGAAAGUAAAUGCAACACUGUUGCCAUGAAUAAUGCCCAGAACACUGGAGUAGUUAAUAAAGUUGUUUGACGAGUACCAUAAUCUCAGGGAAAACUGGACUGUAGGGAGAGAGAUUUUUUUUCAACUAGAAGCAGUAGAAAAGGGAAUAACUAGUUAUGUUGUGCUGCUGAAAACUCCGGUUUCUCUAUAUAACUGUGGAGGCAUUAAAGAUUCCCUAAUUAGAGGCAGAAACAUUUGUGAGACGCAACUUGCAUGAGGGACUAUUAAGAGGAACAGAUUCAAACCUAGCAAGAACUGUCCCAGGAAAUGAUGAAAACAGUAACAGCUAUCAGUGCAAAACAAUACAUAAACUCAAGCUAAAAUAGCCUAGGAAGUGUGACAUACUCAGGCCAACCAAGAAUUCAGUCAUGAUAUGUAUAAAGUAUGGAAAGCCACACAAAAACCAAAAAGACCCACCUAUGGACAAUGGGACAAAGCUGUGGAAACAUAACUGUUUUAGGUUUCAAGGUUGCAUCUAUCCCAAGAAGAAAGAAUGGCUAUUGCAUUAAGUAGCUGAGGAUGUAGAAAGGAGAGAACACUAUCUGAAAUGAGACUUGCACAUCCAAAGACUCUCAGUGACCCUAAGUAGCAGAAGAAAGGUGCUGUGAAUUCAGCUACCAUAUUUGCAACUAUUGGAAAAGUGACCAAUUCAACUUCAUGUGGCUCAAGGAGUCAUCUGUAAUGUAACACUAGCAACAUGAGCAAGUAGCAGUGAGGGACUGGAGAAAUGUUACUAAAUGCUCUUGAUAUACAAUUAAAUCAUUCUGAGGCCAGUAGACACAUGCAGACUCCAUCAGGAGCCCACAAAUGCAGAGAUCCAUUAUUUCUAGUUUUGGCAGUGAAAAAAAGAACUGCAAGCCUGCAGGGAAGAGGCCGCAUUAUAUAAAACAGUAAUAUCAGACAAAGUAGUGGUAACAGCAUUUCAUGUAAAUCCUCAUUAACCAAAAACUACUUGCCAGAACACUACAAGGAGAUACUACUCAUCACUAAUUAUUAAGGCUAUACUGUCCUGAGCAAAGCUGUUCACUGUGAUGUAAAGAAUAAGUUCUGACACACUGAGCUGGUUGAGCCACUGAGCCACCUCACAGUCUUUGCCAUAUCUUUUGCUUGGUACCAUUGCAUACAAAUGUCUUUGACCCAACUAAACCAAGCACUCCCCAAACAUCAAGACUGCUAUUGACAUUCUUAUCCCAAAACCUACAAAUCCCAAGUCAAAAGCAGAAUAUGCAAUGUAGACAACCUGAAGCUGAGGAGCACUGAGGUCCCUACAAUGGAUAUCUGUUGACUUCAGUGGAACCCGGACAAACACCGAGAGAAUGAGCAUCAUUGAGGACAUCUCCAGACCCGAAAAAAAAGUGAAGGAAGUCCUGUGGUUUAUAGGGAUGGAUAAUUAUCUUUCUAAAUCCUGCACACACCAAGCAGAAGCCCAUGUCCCCUUAAGACACUUAUCCCAUAAUAAUACCAAAUGGAGAUGCUCAGAGACUAAAUGAUAGACAGUUGAAAGAAUAAAGUCAGUCAUAAAGUGAGACAAGAGGCCUAAAAUGUAACAGCCAGAUAGAACAGCUAGAGCUUCAGCAUGAUGCCUCAGAGGAGACUUAAGAGCAGCAGAGGCAAAAGUGAAAAACUGCAAGGUAUUUUCUCAUAGAGCCUUGACGGACACAGAUAUGCUUGGGUAAAAAAGGACCUAUCUACUUUAUUCUCAGGAAAAGGAUGAUUCCAUCAUAUUACCUUUGAAAAGAAAGUUUAGCUAGAUCAUAAAGAUCAAGAGAUGGUAAGCUAUGUUCCCAAGACAGAAUUUUGUUUAAAAUGGACCAAGAGAUAAUCUCAGUACUCUUUAAGAGAUAGCAUCAUGAAACAGAUACGUCUCACACCCAAGGCACCCAAGAUUAAAUGAAAAAUGUGUUGCUGCUGGUCAUGCAUGAAUACCAUAGUAUACAAUAUACAGACAAUAGGAAACAUUUCAGUGCAGUGGAAUUCAAAUGGUUUAAUACCAAAUGGAAAUUUGAUCACAAGCCUUCCUCUGGAUACUCAGAGCAAUGGGAUAGGUAGACAGUAAGAGACUGAUGUCAAAGACUUGAAGGAAAUUACAUGAAAUGAAAACUGAAAACAAUUAUUACCCAACAAUGCUGCAUCAUAGCAAGAUACCUCUCAUAUUCCUCCUCCAGAGCAGCAGCUCCCAGCAAGGAUGGGCCUGAGCAUGGUCCUCCUAUGCCCUCUAACUCCAAACCCAGAAGUUCAUUGUUGUGGUCAUUUCUUAGUGAGUGCAGGGGGUAUGAGCCCAGAAAAGCUGUUCUGGAAAAUGUCCAAAACAAACCAAUGCCAGGAUCCAAAGGACUUAGAAAGAGUAUCAGCUGUCAGCUGGUCUGGUCAGGAGAAACAAAGUGUGUAAACAUAUCAGAGGACCAAACAGAUACAACCCAACAAAAUAAAGUCAAUAAUGUGGUAGCCAAAAGUCCCCCAGCAACCAGGAUAAUACAAACAAGAAAUGAAAGACUGCUUUGAAAACCAGCACACUUGAACAGGCCACCACAAGGACCUCACCUGGAGAACCUACAUACUGGUAAUUUCUGGCCCUGCUAUGUCAGUGCACACUAUCACAAACAACACAAUAAGCAACAACAGUGACGAUUAUUCUUAAAGGGAAAGACGUAAUUACCUGCAUGGUACUUGAAAGAGGGAACAUAGACUGCAAAGAAGCGAUAGACUGGAGGAGGCAACAGGAGGCCAGCCUCUAUGUACACUGCUGAAAUGCUAGCUAGCUGCAGUUGCAGCAUCUCUGUACAUACUGUUCUUAAUAAAGAGUCCAUUUAAGUUUAGAAA